CACAUGUACAGAUGUGAAUGAAUGUCUUAAGACAUCAGAGGUCUGUGGUUCAAACUCUCAUUGCACCAACUCAGUUGGGAGUUACAGCUGUUCCUGCUUGAGUGGAUUUAUUGUAAUAAAUAGCAGUGAAUCAGUCAGCACCAUUAACCCAUGCAAUGAUAUAAAUGAGUGUCUGUUCAGUCCAUCUGUAUGUGGUCCAAAUGCUAACUGCACAAAUGAAAUGGGAAGUUACAAUUGCUCAUGUCUGGAUGGAUUCACUGCAACAAACUCAAGUCUCCCCAUCAGCACAAAUAACACAUGUACAGAUGUGAAUGAAUGUCUUAAGACAUCAGAGGUCUGUGGUUCAAACUCUCAUUGCACCAACUCAGUUGGGAGUUACAGCUGUUCCUGCUUGAGUGGAUUUAUUGUAAUAAAUAGCAGUGAACCAGUCAGCACCAGUAACCCAUGCAAUGAUAUUAAUGAAUGCCUCAACUCUUCAUUGGUGUGUGGACCGAAUGCUAACUGUUCCAUUUACAAUGGAAGCUAUUCAUGCAUUUGUUGGGAAGGAUAUAACGUUACAAAGAUGAAUGAAACUAUUAAUAGCAGUAACCCGUGCAUAGAUAUAAAUGAGUGUCUGUUCAGUCCAUCUGUAUGUGGUCCAAAUGCCAACUGCACAAAUGAAAUGGGAAGUUACAGUUGCUCAUGUCUGGAUGGAUUCACUGCAACAAACUCAAGUCUCCCCAUCAGCAGCAAUAACACAUGUACAGAUGUGAAUGAAUGUCUUAAGACAUCAGAGGUCUGUGGUCCAAACUCUCAUUGCACCAACUCAAUUGGGAGUUACAGCUGUUCCUGCUUGACUGGAUUUACUAUAAUAAAUAGCAGUGAACCAGUCAGCACCAGUAACCCAUGCAAUGAUAUUAAUGAAUGUCUCAACUCUUCAUUGGUGUGUGGGCCGAAUGCUAACUGUUCCAAUUACAAUGGAAACUAUUCAUGCAUUUGUUGGGAAGGAUAUAACGUUACAAAGAUGAAUGAAUCUAUUAAUAGCAGUAACCCAUGCAUAGAUAUAAAUGAGUGUCUGUUCAGUCCAUCUGUAUGUGGUCCAAAUGCCAACUGCACAAAUGAAAUGGGAAGUUACAAUUGCUCAUGUUUGAAUGGAUUCACUGCAACAAACUCAAGUCUCCCCAUCAGCACCAAUAACACAUGUACAGAUGUGAAUGAAUGUCUUAAGACAUCAGAGGUCUGUGGUCCAAACUCUCAUUGCACCAACUCAGUUGGUAGUUACAGCUGUUUCUGCUUGAGUGGAUUUACUGUAAUAAAUAGCAGUGAACCAGUCAGCACCAGUAACCCAUGCAAUGAUAUUAAUGAAUGUCUCAACUCCUUGUUGGUGUGUGGGCCGAAUGCUAACUGUUCCAAUUACAAUGGAAGCUAUUCAUGCAUUUGUUGGGAAGGAUAUAACGUUGCAAAGAUGAAUGAAACUAUUAAUAGCAGUAACCCGUGCAUAGAUAUAAAUGAGUGUCUGUUCAGUCCAUCUGUAUGUGGUCCAAAUGCCAACUGCACAAAUGAAAUGGGAAGUUACAAUUGCUCAUGUCUGGAUGGAUUCACUGCAACAAACUCAAGUCUCCCCAUCAGCACCAAUAACACAUGUACAGAUGUGAAUGAAUGUCUUAAGACAUCAGAGGUCUGUGGUCCAAACUCUCAUUGCACCAACUCAAUUGGGAGUUACAGCUGUUCCUGCUUGAGUGGAUUUACUGUAAUAAAUAGCAGUGAACCAGUCAGCACCAGUAACCCAUGCAAUGCACCACCAACAACACCAUCAAGACCAACACCAUCAGCAACACCAACACCAUCAACACUAACACCAUCAGCAACACCAACACCACCACCACCACCACCACCACCAACAACAACACCAACACCAAUAACAGGAACAACAGCGCCAGCAACAGUAAUUGGAAUGUCAAUGACAAUAGAACGGAUUUUUGACAUCAGUCUUACCGACCCUAAUAGCAAGGAUUUUAAAGAUUUAUCUGGACAAAUUGAGUCAACAAUUAAUGCAAGUUAUAGUGAUAAACUAACUGGCUACAUUUUUGGUUCUACAAAAGUCUCUGGCUUCCGGCCGGGUAGUGUUUUAGUAGACUACACAAUAAGUGCAACAUCCAACAGCCUUGAUUUUGGAGCAGCAAACACACAGGUUUCUGACACUCUGAAAACACAAGAAAUAAUUUUAGCUAAAGAUGCCUUUGCUCAAAGUGAUCAAACAGUCUUCGUAACAGAUCAGUUAUAUCCUCUGCAAAAGGUGGAGCUGAACUGUAAACAGACAGACUUUGCAAGUGGACCAAUAAAAUGGAAAGUGGGUGACAAAGAUCCUGCACUAUAUAACACAAGAUACUCACUUUCAAAUGACAACAGAACUCUCACUGUGAAAAACGCUAGUGAAGCUGAUAGUGGUCGAUACUCAUGCAUCAUACAAGGCAAUGUACCAUACAUGCAGUGGCAAAACAUUGUUAUUAAAAAACGUCCCAGUAUCACUGUGGGUGAAGAGAACUAUUAUUUUCCAUGUGAUGGCAGCAGUUUCCAACUGAAAUGUUCUGUUGAUGUUGGCUACAAUAUUGAAUGGGUCCUGGAUGAAACAGUGCUAAUUUCAGGAUCUGACAGUAUCACAUUAAAAUAUACUACUCAAAAGGAAAAUUGUACAGAGAAAACCCUUACAUGUCGUCUCAAAGAUCUGCCACAACUACAGAAUUUCAAAUACAGCUAUAGCAGUGUCACAGUUAAGACAAUCACAGAUCCUUUGUCAAAUGAUGUCUGUCAAAAUGAAGAACUUGGAGCUGGCAGAACAAAUGACACGAGGACGGGAGUCUGUGGAAUAGGCAUGAAAGGCACCAUAACUUACAAAUGUGAAUCACGUGUUUGGAUUCGAACAAAGGACAACUGUGUACUUCAAGUGAUCGACAAACUUACAAGCAAAGUUGAGUCCUUGCUUGUGGAGGAGAUUCCAGGGUUUAUGGCUAACCUCAGUUCUGCCACACAACAGAACGAUUAUAAUGUAACCCAGUCUGCUGCUACCGUCCAAGCAAUUGUGGAUAUACUCUCUAAAAUUGCUAAUUUGUCACAAACUGUUGUUAUCAAUAAACCAGUAAUGGAGGAUUUCCUAAAUACAGUGAAUAUUAUUGUAGCAGAUAAUGUCACUGACGCAUGGAACAUAUUGAGCACAAACAACACCAGCAUUAAACUUCUGAGGGCUAUUGAGGAUAUAAGUGCCCGUCUCACAGAUGAUUUUGAGAUUACUGAAACAUCCAUUCAGCUCAAAAGAAUCACAGUUAAAAACUCAUUUAUUCUAACAUCAAGACUGCCAAACUCAACUACGGAGAUUGUGAUACCACAGAUUCCACAAGAGACUACUGUAACCAUCAUAAUCUUCACAACUCUUGACAAUGUCCUACCUGCUCAUGGUGCUAAUGACAGCAGGAAAUCAGAUGUGCGCAUCAAUGGAGAUGUGGUUGUUGUUAAUGUUAAUGAAACAAUUAACAACAUUUCUUUCGCAUUUGACAUUACUAAUCAGUCUUUGGGAAAUCCUGAGUGUGUCUUUUGGAACUUCAGUCUCAACACAUGGGAUUCCACCGGAUGUCAAGUGAAGCGGAACAACACUGGCACCAUUACAUGUGAAUGCAGCCACACAACCUCUUUUUCGAUCCUAAUGUCUCCAUUUCACUUUGAUCCUGUUCAUCGCACGGCCUUAGACUAUAUAACUUACAUUGGCGUAUCUAUUUCCAUGGCCAGUUUGAUAAUAUGCCUCAUCAUUGAGGCUAUCGUAUGGAAGUCAGUAAGAAGAAAUGACACAUCCUACAUGAGACAUGUCUCCAUAGUCAACAUUGCCGUGUCCCUGCUGAUCGCAAAUAUCUGUUUUAUCAUUGGAGCUGCAAUUGCAGAAAAAGAACAGCCGAACUCAGUAGAACACUGCAGUCCAGUGGUUUUCUUCAUGCACUUUUUUUACCUGGCUCUUUUCUUCUGGAUGUUAAUUUCAGCACUGUUGCUCUUUUACCGUACAGUCAUGGUCUUUUCUCAGAUGUCAAAGGCCAAAAUGAUGGUCAUUGCCUUCAUAGUCGGUUAUGGUGCACCUUUGCUCAUAGCGGCCAUUACUGUUGCGUCAACAGCUGGAUCUAAAAAUUAUAUUUCCAAAACAAAUGCAUGCUGGUUGAACUGGUUUGAAUCAAAGGCCCUGCUGGCUUUUGUGAUUCCAGCUCUCACUAUUGUAGCCAUAAACCUUGUGGUUUUGAUUGUGGUUCUGUACAAGAUGUUGAGGAGAGGAGUUGGUGCUACAACUCAACCAGAUGAGAAACAUGCCCUGGUGGUAAUUGCCAGAUGUGUGGCCAUUUUGACUCCUCUCUUUGGUCUAACAUGGGGAUUUGGAAUUGGAACCAUGGUGUCACGUGACUUUGGCAUUCAUGUGGUGUUUGCAUUCCUCAAUUCGCUGCAGGGAUUCUUUAUCUUGGUGUUCGGGACGCUUUUAGACAGCAAGGUCCGUGAGUCACUACCAGGAAGGCGGUUACUACAGCAACUCACUUCCAGCCAAACCAAUAACACCAGUGCAGGACCAUCGUCCACUUCUAGACUACCUUUCUUGGCGAGGUUGCGACGGAGGAAUGUGUACAACGUGUCUGAAGCCAACACUUCCUCAGCAUUUGUGUCUUCGGAAAGCUCCAACGGCUCAUAUGCCCCUGUGAACAAUUAAAAGACUCUUCAAAUAUGUUUCACCACUGCAAUUUCUGGUACUGUUUGUGGAGGGAUUUUUUUUUUGUUUCUAAAAUGUGGCUAUAAUAUUUGAUACUUGAUACUUUAUUUUGUAACAUACUGUGAAUGCAGUGAUUAUAAGUAUGGACUUUUAUCUAUGCUUAAAAUAAUUUUUAAAAAACACAACUCGGGUGGUGGAGCUUUGUAAAGCUAAUGCUGAUGGCUGUCUGCCACGUACAAGUCAUGUUGCUGCUUGUGUACAUUUACAAAACAGCCUUCAUUAAUAAUCGGCUUUUGCCUAUGAGGAAAAACAGUUCAAAUGCUAAACAAAGUGGACUUAGCUCAAAGGCUGGAGAUAAAAACAGAUCAUGUUUAUACUUUGAUUUCCAAUCAAUUCCUGAUGGACAAAACAAGUCCAGUCCUACAUUUUUUUUCUCAUUUGAGAAGCUGUUUAACUCAGAUGUACUUCACAAUAGGGAGGACAAUCGCAUUGACUUUAAAGACAGAUAAUUCCUGGUGAAAACUGUGUUAUUUAUGAUUCUUUCUAAGAUUUUCGCUUCAAGCUAAUUAAGGCACUUGCCCACUCCCUUGAAUCACUUCGAAUGAUGUAGAGACAGUUUUCUAAUGCUUAAAUUAGUUUCAUAUUCAGAUUUUGAAUGUAUGAAUCAUUGUUUAUACAUUACUUAUGGAUAAUUUGCCACUUCAAAACUUGAAUGUUCCUACUAAUAACACUUAAAUCAUGGCAUAUACUGUAUAAAAUAGAAUAUAGAUAUGCUUGUGCCUUCAUUCUCCUGGUUUGUGUUUGCCGGCAGACUGUAUAUUAAAUCGACAGGGAAAACAUUCAAACUGUGUAAUAUUUAAAAUAAAAUUUGUAGUGGUGUCACUUGAUUUUUAAAAAUCAACUAAUUAACGUUAAUCGCACAUUUUGUUCUGAAAUUAAUCGCGGAUCAAUCGUGGUUUUAAGGCAGCUUUAGUCUUUAGCUUUAGUUUUUUGUAACUUCAUGGUUUAACUGACGACAUAACUACGACUAACAACAUACAUACUCGUAGUUUCAUUUGGGUUUGAAUAUGAUACAGCGGAAUUCUAUCGUCAUGAUUGAAUUAUAUAUUGGGUAAUAAUAUUGCUAUUAAUGCAUAUAUGUUGGGGUGUGGUUUUUAUUUUUUUCAAUGCAAACAGUCAAAACAGUUUAUAUUACACUAUUUACACAUUUAAGACUCGGAAUGCAACAGGACUUGUUUGUAAUGCUUGUUUAUGGUCAGUUUUUGCAAUAAAUACCUGUGACUGUACUUAUAUUAGCCUGUUGCGUGUUUUAUAUUGUUCAGAAGUGGGUAGAUAUAGGGUAGGGGUGGGGUUAGGUGCUCUAAUGGAAGUAUGCAUUUAUAUAAAAAUAAUUUCUAUUUUUACAAAUGCAUGCAAACCAUUAAAUUAAGACAAACAACUGAAAACAAUGGAGGACCCUGAGCGUCAAAAAAUGACCAAUCUUGACCAAUCGUCAAUAUGUGACAAGUUGGGAGUAAGGAUGUGCUCAAAUAAACGUCUAAAUUCUUUAGUUGUGGGUGGGCUGGGCAAACCUAGCCCGCCCCUGCGUUAAUUGCGUUAAAUAUUUUUACGCGUUAAAAUGGAAAAAAUUAAUCGCCUUCGUUAACGCGCUAAUUUUGACACCACUAAUAAUUUUAUAAAUUAAAUGUAAAAUAAAUAAAAAGCUACAUUAAUUUUGUGUAUUCCAUAAAACAAGCCACUGAAAAUUUAAUUUAGCAGCUAAAAAUCCUGUUAUGCUACUGUACUCUGGACCAUGUGUCAUACUGAAAAAUUAUGUUUUGUCCCCAUAAUAAUCCUAAAUAUGUAGCUACAGAACUGCCAAACUGAACAUAAAUGUCACACCUCAUGGACCUGUUUUGUUGUGUUUUCUCCCUCAUGUGCCCAUAUUUGGUCGUUCCUGUUCUCGUCUGGUCAUCAUUAGUUAACCUCCAUUCACCUGUGUCUUGUUAAUUAUCAUAAUUUACAUCAGCAUUUAAAGUGUAGUCUGUCCUGUCUUCCCUUGUCCAGUAUUGUGUAUAUUACCUCAUGUGAGUGUGUGUUCUUGCCCUGUCUGGAGAUUACCUGU